AUGUUUAUAGUUAAAGGUGGUGAAAAGCAAGAAGAAUCGCCCUUGAAGAAAUCUAAGAAGAAAAAGAAAGUCGAGAAACCUACAGUUGAUGAAGCUGCUCCUACAAAAGAUCCGGAAGUACUCGCUGAGCCCCCUUCUUUGAGAAAAAGAAGAAGGAGAGCCAGGGAACAGCAGGCUAAGGAAGUGGGCAAAACUGUCGAAGCGAGUCCAGUGACAGCGUUGAUCAAUCUGCCACCUCCUAAAGGUUCACCUUCAACUCCAGCUGGACCUACUACAGCAAUAGUACCUGUGGAUGCAGGACAAGGGCAACAACCUGGCGUUGAAGGUCAAAAACCUCCUUCUCCGUCACAGGGGCCACCAGCAGGAGGAACACAAGGGUCGUCCGCACCAUCACCGACGGGAGCACCGCCACCACCGCCUCCUCCACCACCACCACCACCUCCACCGCCACCACCGCCACCACCACCACAAAUGCAAGAGCGUCAACAACCACAGGUGGCACAAGUGGCCGCUUCUGGUAUGAGGAUG